AUGUCCACUGGUGAAUCUGUCGUCUCUGCUGUUCAGGCGGCUCUUUCAGAGGACUCGCAUGAUCAUAGCAUGUUUCGGGCGGCCUGUUCUCUCGCUUUUUUUUGCUUUCUUCGGGUUAGCGAAUUUACUUGUUCGGGGUCGUUUGAUCCCCUGGUCCACCUGUCGAUUUCAGACGUGUCCUUUGAUACGUCGGGUUGCCUUUACCUCUUCAUCAAGACGUCAAAAACGGACUCGUUCCGCCGAGGCGUGUCUCUCUCCAUCGGUGCGUCGGGAAAGCGCAUCUGCGCCGUAUCUGCGGUUCGCCGUUACCUUCAGGUUCGAGGCAUGUUCGUGUUCGUGUUAUCCGACGAUGGCUCUCCUCUAACACCGGUAGUGGUCUACUGUUGGUUCCGUGCGAUGUUAUCCAACUUUGGAAUACGUGGUACCUACUCCAGUCACAGUUUCAGGAUUGGCGCGGCGACCACAGAAGUGUCUGCGGGCAUCCCGGAUCACUUAAUUAAGACAUUGGGUC